CUUGACCUAUCGUCAACGUAUCCGACUACGCGCCUGCUUGUCCAAGGGCGUGUAGGGCCCUCACGGGCCGAAUGCCCACCUUCCCUAUUGACUUGGUUGCUUUGCGCUAGAAUAAGUUGAGCAUCUAGUAGCCAUGGAGGGACUGAUCGGCAAGCGGAGCGGCAAGGUGCUGCCGAAGGACUACGAGGACCCGGAGUUCCUCAAAAAGCUGGACCCGGUGGUGCAGCAGCUCGAUGAGGACCUUCCAGAGGCGGGCUUCGACGCCAAGAAGCUGGCGCAGCUCAUCUGCCAGCUGAUGCAAUUCCAGGAGGACACGCUGGGCAGGGAGUCCAACUUCAAGCGCCAGCCCAAGCUGCCGGCGCUGCUGCUGCGCGACUUCAGCCCGCGCGGCGCGCUGUACGUGAUCGCGGCCAAGUGCGACGACAUCAUGGCCGCGCGCGACCUCAAGCGCAUCGACUGGCCCAACACAGCCAAGCGGCGAGAGAACAUGGAAAUCCUGAUCGGCAUUACUCGGGAGCUGGAGGCGGAGGGGCUGCUGCGGCACCCCGUGGUGGGGCUGGAACCGGCGCUGGGGCCGGAGCUGUGCGGGCGGCUGGGGGAGGUGGUGAGGAAGAUGGGCGGCAGCGUGGCGGCCGCGCCGGAUGACGCCAAGGUCACGCACCGAGUGUGUGUGCCGCCGCCGGGGGUCAGCGACGCGGGCCGUGUGAAGCCGCAGGCCAUGAGGUGUCUGGAGGUCCGUGGCGACAUGGCGUGUGUGCACUGGACGCAGUUGCCGGACUCGUACGACGAGUGGGUGCUGGCACGCCACGCCCCCGCGCCCCGAGACAUGCCCGGACAGCCGCCGGGAGGAGGGCCGUGGCGGGUGUACCCGCGCUGGAUCAAGGACAGUGAGCUGUACAACGAGUACCACUGCACCAAAUGCCCGGAGAUUGACCUGUGCCCGGCGGCCUUUGCGGAGGGCCGCUUCCCGCCCGGCACCACCGCCAAGGACUUUGUGCGGCUGGACGCGAGCGCCAAGAACGCGGCGGGCGAGGCGGCGGCGGCGGUAGGCGCCAGCGGCAUUGCGGUGGGGCCGGCGCACGGCGCCCCCGCGCCCGAGGGCGCCUGGUCUCAGCAGGAGACGCUGCUGCUGCUGGAGGCGGUGGAGAUGUUCGGCGACGACUGGGGCGAGGUGGCGGCGCAUGUGGGGACCAAGAGCCAGGUGGCCUGCAUCCUGCAGUUCCUGGCGCUGCCCAUAGAGGACGCCUUCCUGGACGACAUGGAGGCGGGCGUGGGGCCGCGAGCCGGGCCAGUAGCAGGCGCGCUGCCGCCAGCCGCCGGCGGCGGCGCAGCCGCCGGCCUGCGCAUCGGCGGCGCAGCCGCCGCCGCCGCGGCAGCGGCGGCCGCGGCCGGCGGAGCCGGCCGCGCCGGCGCCGGAGGCGCCGGCGGCGGCGGCGGAGCCGCCGCCGCCAAGGCUCGCUCGGUGGCUCGUCAGGCUGAGUGGCAGGGCGGCAGCGCGGGUCUGCCGUGGGCUCUGACCAACAACGUGAUGGAUGAGGACCUGGUGCCGUUUGCGGAGCACGCCAACCCCCUCAUGGCCAGCCUGGCCUUCCUGACCUCCAUGGUGGGGCCGCGCGUGGCGGCGGCGGCGGCGCAGCGCGCGCUCGAGUACCUGUCCCAAGACGACCCGGACCUCCCGCCCGAGGAGCCGCCCAAGCCCAAGCUCAAGCCGCGGCCGCCGCAGCUGCAGCUGCAACACCCGCCGGGGGCGGGGGCGGCCGCAGCCGGCGCCGGAGGCGGAGGCGGCGGGGCCGCUGGAGCAGGAGCAGGGGCAGGGACCGCAGCGGCAGCGGGAGGGCCGACUUCGAUGGACGUCGACGGCGGGGCCGGGGCCGGGGUCGCGCCAGCGGCGGCGCCAGUGCCGCUCUCGGCUGCGCCGUCAGCGGCGGAGGCACUGCCCUUGACCACCGCGCCUUCGGUAGCAGAGCCCAUGGUGGUCGAUGGCGAUGCCGCUGCCUCUGCCGCUGCCGGUGCCGGUGCCGGUGCUGCCGGUGCGGCCCCGGCGGCAGCACCGGCCGCAGAUGGGGCUGCGGGCGCGGCGCCGCCCGGCACGGCAGCUGCCGGUGCCGCGACGGAGGCAGCCGGCGGGGACGCAGCGUCGGCAAAAGCGGCAGCACCAGCAGCACCAGCAGCAGCAGCGGUGCCGGUGCCAGACUCUGAAAGAGCCGCAGGAGCGGCAGCAGCGGCAACAGCUGCGGCCGCGGGGGCGCCGGCGGCCGCGGCGGCGGGUGCGGGUGCGGGUGCCGGGCCCAAGCCUCCGCCGGAGCCGUCCGCCAUCCCGAUCAGCAUGGCUCGCCUGAAGAAGGCGGCGGCUCUGGGACUGGCGGCGGCGUCGGAGCGGGCGCGGCUCAUGGCGGAUGAGCAGGAGGCGGACAUGAUGGAGCUGGCGGCGCAGAUUGUGGAGGUGCAGGUGGCCAAGCUGGGCCUCAAGAUCAAGUACUUGGAGGACGUGGAGGCGGCCCUGGAAAGCGAGCGGAACCAACUGGACAACGCGCGAAAGAACCUGGACGAACAACGCGUGAGCAUCCGCAACACGCGGCGAGCGCGCAUGCAGGCUGGAGAACGGAACCCGCCGCCGGCGCCCGCCGCCGCCGCGGCGCCGGCGGGGCUCCCGCUGCCUAUCCCCGGCAUGGCCCCCGCGACGGCGGCGGCGCUUGCAGCGGCGAUGCAGGCGGCGGGUGCUGGCGGCGGCGGCGCGCUCAACGCGCAGCAGCAGGCGGUCGCGCAGGCGGCGGCGAUGCAGGCGGCGGCGCAGGUGCUGCAACAGCAGAUGAAGAAGUAGGAUCGCUGCUGCCGUCGUGAUGGUGUUGGUGGCGCUCUGAUAUGGGUGGUGGUGGAUUUAGUGGGGCGGGGGCUGGAGUCUGUGCGUGGCCCGGUGUCAUCUGAAAACCUCUGGCACCGGAAGCGCUGCCUUUGUGUCCUGCCCAAUGGCCCGUGGAUGACACAACUUAGCCACAAAAGGCGUGUCGCACAGUGUCGCACAAGGGAAGACUGCAAUGCCCCUGUUGAUUGUUCCCUCGCCUCGGGACGGCUCCAUCUAUCGGUACUCUAUUCCUUUGCACUCCUGGCCCCUGGAACCUGCCGUCGCAUCGACAUCACGCCGUGACAUCAAAGUUGAGAGAUUUGCAGAGACGCUCUAUGUUUCAGAGGCAAAGUAGGCAAAUUGCACUCAUGGCAAGCAGAAUUCUAACCAACCGCCGACGGUCACACUGUGCAAAGUCGAGAGCGACGGGCGCAAAUCCUAACAACAUCAUGAACAUUUCCUAUAAGUUUGCCAUCGGACAUGAUUGGCUUUUAGUUGGGGAGUUGGUCCUCCCCUGGUUGGUCACUGUAUCGGGUGUUUGUCGCGACAAACAUACACGCACCUCACAUACAAUGCUCGGGUGUACUCAAUUAAUGACACACAAUCAUUGUUUUCGAGCUCAUCAGCCCAUAGCUAGGCGUACCGUCCUGCACAACUUUUGCGCUAGCUAGCUUACAUACGUCAAUUGCGAGGAGGAGGGUAGGAAAUCCGAAAAGUUGCCGGUGGCCUCUGGUUGUAAGGGUGAGCCGGG